UCCCUUUCUCUCUCUGUGUGUAUUAUUAGUAGAAUAGUAGCCGACCCUGAUUUUUCAGGAGAUUUAAGCUUCCAAUUUUUAUGUAUUUCUUUGUAACAUACGAGUUAAGCACAAUCUUGUAUUUUGUAGAUCUGUAUUGUUUGUCACUUGAAUUAGGGAUUUUAUUUGGUGAAGUUUAUCCUAAAGACGGAAAUUUUCUUUGAUGAGAUGGGUUUUGCUCAGUUUGCUGUUUUGUUGGUGUAAUUGUGUGAAAAGGGCUACAUUGCUUGUACUAAAGUUCAAACCUUGGUUCUUUUAUUACAAAGGUCUGGAGCUGAUAGAUCGAUAUGGGUGCAUCAAAGAAAUGGAUCAAAGCGUUGAUUGGUUUCAAGAAACCAGAGAAAUCACAAUGUUCGGAGAAGGAUGAAAAUAGAACAGGGAGCAUUGACAAGAUUUGGCAUCGAAGAAAGCAUUCUGUUGAGAUUGAUGCCAACAUACUUCAAGAUGAGUUCAAUCAAGAUGCGGUUACAUCAGUUGAAGAUCCCAACUUUCAGCAAGUUUCAGAUUCUACUAGCUCUCCUUCUGCUUCACGUCAGGUGCAAAAUGCUGCUCAAGUUCAACAGGAAAUGAGAGAAGAAUGUGCUGCCAUACGCAUCCAAACAGCCUUUAGAGGAUUUCUGGCCAGACGAGCUCUACGCGCUUUAAAAGGAUUGGUGAGGCUUCAAGCUCUUGUCAGGGGCCAUGCUGUAAGAAAGCAAGCUGCUAUUACACUCCGUUGUAUGCAAGCUUUAGUAAGAGUUCAGGCUCGUGUCCGAGCGAGGCGUGUUCGUAUGGCAUUGGAGAGUGAAACAGAACAACAGAAGCUUCAACAUCAACUUGAACAUGAAGCUCACGUUAAAGAAAUUGAAGAUGGGUGGUGUGACAGUGUUGGAUCUGUCGAAGAAAUUAAAAACAAAUUGUUGAAGAGGCAAGAGGCUGCUGCUAAACGUGAGAGGGCAAUGGCAUAUGCUUUGGCAAACCAGUGGCAGGCAGGGUCAAGACAGCAAAAUUUGGCUGGUUUUGAACCGGAUAAAAGCAACUGGGGUUGGAACUGGUUGGAGAGAUGGAUGGCUGUUCGUCCAUGGGAAAACCGCUUUUUAGACAUUAAUCUGAAAGAUGGAGUGAAGAUUCUCGAGAACAGAUCGGCUGAUGUGAAUGAAGGGGCCAAAACCCAGUUAAUAUCCACUGGAAAGAUAUCAACAUCAAAUAUUGCAAAUGAGAGAACUGUUCCAUCACGUUCAAGCAUGAACUCAAAUGAAAAAAGGGGUCUAUCACAGUCUGAUGGCAGCAGCUCUUCACCCGGUAAAUCAGCAAAUGCGCUAGAAACGCCAGGCGUGCUAUUAACCAGUACAAGGUCAAAACCAGUUCUUAAAGACUUGGUCGAGGAAACUACCUCUAAGCCUGUUGCUGGUUCAAGAUCGCAUAGCAAUCCAAAAGAGAGAUCCACCCUUUCAGAUAAACAAGGAAAGAAGCGAUUAUCUCUGCCAAGCAGCGGUCUAAGUCAGGGGUCUCGACCAACUGGGCAACUCAGUCGAACUGCUGUUAAAAGCUCGCCAACUGGCCAAAAGCCCAUGAAGGAUAAACCAAAUUGAACGGGAA